CCACUUCCGUGGCCGGCGUUGGGGAGUCCGUGCUGCAGUCGCCCGUGCCUGAUCGGUAGGAUGGCGCUGGGCCGAUACGGUUAUAGCACCAAAAGCAGACAGCCGCCAAGCGCUCCCACGGCCCUCCAAAGUUUGCUCCCAGUGGCGGGGGGCGGGGGUGGGCUAUCCUUCUGUCUGCAUUCCCCGCUACCCCGCAUCACAGAGAGGCGGGCCUCCACCGUCCUAGCCCUUCCGCCCUGUUCCCGAGUGCCGGCUAGAGCGUCUCCUCGUCGUUUCCUGUCGUCUUGGGGCCCGGCGGGGAAGAAGCGGGCGUAGCGCCGCCGCUGAGGGAACUCGCGAGCUUGGACAGUGUGUAGAAGCCGGAAGUGUUGGGAGCGAGGCCGGAAGCUAGGGGUGGGUCCAGGAAGUGAGGUGGGGCGGGGGUUUAUGAGGAGGCCAAGGGAUCGCUGGGGCAAAUUUGCACUCAGGGCCACCUGAGGGACUUGGCGGUGGCGCUCAGCUCUGUUCCCUCCCCUCGCAGAGACACGGUUGCCGUCAAGGAGUAGGGAACUCUGUGUGGAGGGGUGGGUUGUCGGAAGGACUUUUCUCUGGCAGCGAUUGAGGCGAGCUGUGGAGAGCCAGGGUUGGGGGUGGGGCCCGGUCGCCAGGGCGUCUGAGAGGGAAGACCCCCGCCCCCCCCACCGCACAUCUACACUGGCUGACUGGACACUAAGAUGGCUGCCGUUGCCAUGACACCCAACCCUGUGCAGACCCUUCAGGAGGAGGCGGUGUGCGCCAUCUGCCUCGAUUACUUCACCGACCCCGUAUCCAUCGGCUGCGGGCACAACUUCUGUCGAGUGUGUGUAACCCAGUUGUGGGGCGGGGAAGAUGAGGAGGACAGGGAAGAGUUAGACCGGGAGGAGGAGGAGGAGGAGGACGGCGAGGAGGAGGAAGUCGAGGCUGUGGGGGCCGGUGGGGGAUGGGACACCCCUAUGCGGGAUGAAGACUACGAGGGCGAUAUGGAGGAGGAGGUCGAGGAGGAAGAGGAGGGUGUGUUCUGGACCAGAGGCAUGGGUGGGUCCAAUUGGGACAACAUGGACUACGUGUGGGAGGAGGAGGACGAGGAAGAAGACCUGGACUACUACUUGGGGGACAUGGAGGAGGACCUGAGGGGGGAAGAUGAGGAGGACGAGGAGGAAGUGCUGGAGGAGGAUGAGGAAGAAGAGUUAGACCCCGUCACCCCACUGCCCCCGCCUCCAGCCCCUCGGAGGUGCUUCACCUGCCCCCAGUGCCGAAAGAGCUUUCCUCGGCGGAGCUUCCGCCCCAACCUUCAGCUGGCCAACAUGGUCCAGGUGAUUCGGCAGAUGCACCCAACCCCUGGUCGAGGGAGCCGUGUGAACGAGCAGGGCAUCUGUCCCAAACACCAAGAAGCAUUGAAACUCUUCUGCGAGGUGGACGAAGAGGCCAUCUGUGUCGUGUGCCGAGAAUCCAGGAGCCACAAACAGCACAGCGUGGUGCCGUUGGAGGAGGUGGUGCAGGAGUACAAGGCCAAACUACAGGGGCACGUGGAGCCGCUGAGGAAGCACCUGGAGGCUGUGCAGAAGAUGAAGGCCAAGGAGGAGAGGCGGGUGACAGAGCUAAAGAGCCAAAUGAAAUCAGAGCUGGCAGCUGUGGCUUCAGAGUUUGGGCGUCUGACACGGUUUCUGGCCGAAGAGCAGGCAGGGUUGGAGCGGCGCCUCCGAGAGAUGCACGAAGCCCAGCUAGGGCGCGCGGGAGCUGCGGCCAGCCGCCUGGCAGAGCAGGCCACCCAGCUGAGCCGCCUGCUGGCAGAGGCCCAGGAGCGGAGCCAGCAGGGGGGCCUGCGGCUGCUCCAGGACAUCAAGGAGACUUUCAAUAGGUGUGAAGAGGUACAGCUGCAGCCCCCAGAGGUCUGGUCCCCUGACCCGUGCCAACCCCAUAGCCAUGACUUCCUGACAGAUGCCAUCGUGAGGAAAAUGAGCCGGAUGUUCUGUCAGGCUGCGAGAGUGGACCUGACGCUGGACCCUGACACGGCUCACCCGGCCCUGAUGCUGUCCCCUGACCGCCGGGGGGUCCGCCUGGCAGAGCGGCGGCAGGAGGUUGCUGACCAUCCCAAGCGUUUCUCAGCCGACUGCUGCGUACUGGGGGCCCAGGGCUUCCGCUCUGGCCGGCACUACUGGGAGGUAGAGGUGGGCGGGCGGAGGGGCUGGGCGGUGGGUGCUGCCCGUGAAUCGACCCAUCAUAAGGAAAAGGUGGGCUCCGGGGGGUCCUCUGUGGGCAGCGGCGAUGCCAGUUCCUCGCGCCAUCACCAUCGCCGCCGCCGGCUCCACCUGCCCCAGCAGCCCCUGCUCCAGCGGGAAGUGUGGUGUGUGGGCACCAACGGCAAACGCUACCAGGCACAGAGCUCAACGGAGCAGACACUGCUGAGCCCAAGCGAGAAACCACGGCGCUUUGGCGUGUACUUGGACUAUGAGGCUGGGCGCCUGGGCUUCUACAAUGCAGAGACUUUAGCCCACGUGCACACCUUCUCCGCUGCCUUCCUGGGCGAGCGUGUCUUCCCCUUCUUCCGGGUGCUCUCCAAGGGCACCCGCAUCAAGCUCUGUCCUUGAUCAGCCUGCCACCCGCAGGGGCCCCUCUGGUCAGCACUAGGGGGACGGGUGGUGGUGGAAGGUGGCCCGUAAGUUUGGGGGCUCAAAGGCUCCUCCCGCUGUUUGUUACUGUGAUGUUUCCCCUUGACCCCAGGCCCCUGCUUCUCCUUCUAGGAGCCUAAAGAACCCUCCUGGCCUCCAGCUCGGCCUUCUCUCACCUCUGUCCAACAGGUCUGCAUGGGUCCCUGAUAGUGAGAACAGCUGCCUGGCCUUCCCCCACUGUCUGCCCAUCCCAUCCUAAGGAAGGGAUGAGGGGAGAGUGUAAUUUCAUUCCCCAACUUCUUUCCCCACCCCUACUCCUCAACCGCAAUGUCAGUUCUAAGGCUGGAGGGUUUGGGCAAGACUCACAACAUCCCCAUUCCAAUUCCAUUUUCUGAUGCAGAUUUUAGCUAAUGGAUCUGGAAGCUGUUUUGGGGAGGAAGGCUGGGCCAAAGGGUAGAGCUGGGUAAUAAAAAAAUGUCUACUCUCCUGGGGAAGGAGGGAUUCUAAACUUUUCCUUCCAUCCCCAAUUUCUACCUCCAUAGACCGGCCAGAAUUUAGCUUCAGUGAGAGAUCUGGAAUGGUCGCCAUGAUUGAACCUACAUACCAUACAUCACCCAAUAAAUUAUUUUCUCCCCCUUCCCUUUUCCAGCACUCAAUCUAGGAGCAAAGCUCUUUGCACCCUACACCCCUCCAGGUGUUUUCACUGCCAUGCUCCUUUCCAUUUUGUUCAAAUGGAGUUGGCUUUUCUGUUUCCAGUAAAGUCUCCAUGCCUUUAGUUCCAUUGGCAAGCCCUGAGAGGGUACUUGGGGACAAGGGGUUUGGGUCCCCAGGUGGAGAGCCUUGGGUAUAAUCUAUUUUUCUAAUAACCUCUCGCCUUGUCACUUAUCAGCUUUUGUCCUCUGCUUUGAUGGCCGAGGUGAACUCAUGUUCUUGGGGAAAAGGGAAGGUGGGUUGUGUUGUGGAAAUAAAAUGUUUAUUUGCUUC